AUGUGUAAUGAUCCUCCUGAAGAUUUGCAGCACCUGUUUCUUGAUUGCCCUUUUGCUAGGGCCAUUUGGAGAAACACUGCUUGGCCCAUCAACGUCUCAGUUUUCUCCAAUUUGCCUAUUGCUGAAUGGUCUAAAGCUAUCAUUAAUCCUAGCUCUCAUCUUGGCAUCCCUUCGGAUCAAGUUUGGGAGUUUCAGAUUUCUGCUUUAGUUACUAUGGACUGCAGUUGGUUAGCUAGAAACAAGCUUAUUCACAAUGGCUCUGUUCCGGAUCCAGUUUCUUGUUUGAAGUCCAUUAGCUCCAUGGUUAAAGCUCAUCUUAAAGCAUGGCUUGACUCAGCUUUUGUCCCUGAAGCUUGGUCUCCUCCUCCCCUUGGCUUCUUGAAAGCUAAUUUUGAUGUUGCCAUUCGCCCCUUGUUUAGUGUUGCAGCUGUGGUCCUUAAUGAUCACACAGGUCUUAUCGUGGCUGUCUGUACUAAGAAGUUACCCCAUCUGGAUGCCACUGUUGGGGAAGCCAAUGCUGCUCUUUUGGCAGUUAGUUUUGCUGCUGAUUUUGGUUGUUCCUCUAUUCUCCUUGAAGGGGAUUCUCAGCUUUGCAUCCUUGCCAUCAACAAAGAUCAUCUCUUUUCAGAUUGGCUUUGUGCCCCCAUGAUUGCUGAUAUUCACUUGCAUUUGUUGCUUUUUUCUUAG